UAACUAAAAUAUCCCAUACAAUGUCCUACAACUUUCUCUAGAAAUUAUUUACUCCUGUAAAAGUUUUGGAACAAUGUUUAGAUCUUGGGAUAAUGGGUAAACCAGAGCAAAAUUAAGUGGUGGGGCACUAGUGGUAAUGGGCCAUGGUUCCUCCUUUCCCAUGGCAUCCCCUGGAUUUUGCUGCCCACUGAUCACCUGUGUAGCACUCCCCCCUGUGCUCUAUGCUUAGCACAUGCAGAGCAGUAGCGUGCUGUUUCAGAGGAACAUGGCUGGAUGGGAUUUGCUUAAAAUAUUGCUCGAUGAAGUCCAGGAACAUUCUACCCUCAUUGGAAAAGUCUGGCUGACUGUGCUUUUCAUCUUCAGAAUUCUCAUUCUGAGCUUGGCUGGAGAUUCAGUUUGGGGAGAUGAGCAGUCUGACUUUACUUGUAAUACAGAGCAACCCGGUUGUACCAAUGUCUGUUACGAUAAAGCUUUUCCUAUCUCGCAUGUCCGCUACUGGGUGCUGCAGUUUCUCUUUGUCAGCACCCCUACCUUGAUCUACCUUGGUCAUGUGGUUUAUUUGUCCAGGAGAGAAGAAAAGGUGAAACAUAGGAGGAUAGAAGUGAUGGCUGUUGAAGCACGGGAGUCAAAGAUUGAGACUGAUUUGAAAAAGCAAGUACCUAUGAAGGUUGAAAUCCAAGGAGCCUUAAUGUACACCUAUGCAAUCAGUGUUAUCUUCAAAAGUAUUUUUGAAGCUGGAUUUGUUUUUGGACAGUGGUAUCUUUAUGGUUUUGUGAUGCCACCAGUCUUUGUCUGUACAAGGGUACCUUGUCCGCACAAAGUGGACUGCUUUGUUUCCCGACCAAUGGAAAAGACCAUUUUCAUACUCUUCAUGCUGGUAGUGUCGCUCAUAUCUUUGCUGCUCAAUUUGUUGGAACUUAUUCACCUCUGCUGUAAGCAGUUUCGGCAAACUGUAAGGGUUGGAUUACCGCGCCCUCUCACAUCGGACUAUACAAAAGGGGUUCCAAACAGAGUUCACUCAUCGCAAACGUAUUCAAAUCCUACACCAAGUGACCAUGAUACAGAGCUGCCAGGAUACAACAAAAUAUCUGAUAGGAGCAAAUGGUCUAGCACUCACAUCGCACAUCAGAGUAAUAGCCUUGAGAAGGCAAAGCUACCCUCUGAUUCCUGGUCGCAAAGUGGUCUAUCCAUGGUAGUUACUGGUGUUCCAGGUUUAGUUUCCAACCUUGCUCCUACCACGUGUAGCUCUCAGACUGCCUGCACACAACAGUAUGUCUAAUGCUUCACUGUACCAGGACAUUACAUAUUUUUAUAGCUGAUUUCAGUACUGCUUAUAAAUCUACAUAAAGGCCUUGUUUUGUUUAAAAGAAAUAUAUACACAUGUUAAUCUCCUUCACCAGAAGUGAAGGGCUGUAGGCAAAAUUCAUGCAGCCUUAUUCUGAUUUCAAAAAUAUUCUGUCAAACUGAUUUGAGGUUCUCACAAUAUUUAAGCAUAAACCUAUAGCUAAAUAAAAAUAUGAGCACCGUUGCAUACUACA